AUGACUAUCUCGAGACCCUCUCUUGAAAUUCAAGCUGAACAAGAGAGGCGUCUAGAGGCUGCGAAGAGAUUGAAAGACAAGUUUGAAGGGACCAAUCUCCAACUUGUGACCAAUGUUGCCGAGUUCAACUCUCACAAGCUCGACUCGAAUGACGGCACAGAUUCAGAGGAAUUUGAGAACAAGGAUCCAGCAAUCGUCGCGGCGGACGUGGCAGCUCAGACAUCAUUUCUCCGAAAGCUAAAGUUCCAGUACCUGGAGCAAAAUGCGAAGGACAAGUAUGUCAAGUCGGUCGUGAGUGAUAUCGACGACGCUCCAAUCGUUACUGCCGAGGAUAACAAGGCGUUGGCAAUAAUUAACGACGAGAAGAAGGGGAAACUGAAGCUGGCGAAGGAGAGAUUGGCUGAGGUGCAGCAGAAUAUAAGAACGUUGGCUCCAAUGGUAGAGCAAGAUUAUCAGAAAGUCAAAAUCGCAACGGAAAGGGCUGUAGUACUAGCCCAAAACAUCGUUGAUGCCCGUCUGGCCCUCACGCGGCUGCGCCAAACACACCCCCAGCCACGACUGACCAUCCCCCUUGCUGAUCAAAAGCUUGUGGACCAAGUCACUGAAAUGCAAACGCUCAGCGAUGAAGUCGCCGUCGUGAAAAAGAAGGUCCAGGCUGUCAAGGAGCAAGCAAAAAGUAGGGCGUUGGAGGUGGAGAAACUUCGGCUAGAGCGAGCAGAGGCUGAGAAAGCCGUCAAGAUGUCGCAAGUAGAAGAAGAUGAUAGUCGUCUAGUUCCGUUAUACGAUUGGUACACCGCAUCACUUACCCUGCACCAAUCUAUCUACAACCUUCACGAAUCAUUCUCAGCCUCCGAGAACGAACUGCAUUUGACAUACAACCUCGGCACACCAUCAACACCAAAGCUCAUAAAGCUUAUACUCAUUUUUGUGCCCAAUGCGCGGCAACUGGUGACUGUGCAAACGUCAGGUCUGGAGGAAUUGGGGGUGGACGUUUCGGAUGUGAUUGAUUCGCAUGUGGCGGCUAACAAUGUUCAAGGUCUUGUUGCCGCUAUCCUUGCAAGAGCUCACGCAGCUCUGUGA